AUGGCCGACGCAACCGCUCUCACUACGGGCCCCUCGCCCGCCAUGACCAUCCGGCAGCGGCUACAGCUCUUCACCUGGCCGGUGGGCUUCCUGGCGAUCCUGACCAGCGUUGCCAUGUUCAACUGGGGCUACGACACGCUCGUCUUCAGCGGCGUCGUCGCCAUGAAACACUUCAAUAUAAAGUUCGGCCAGUGCCACACAUCACUCACCACGGGCCUGCCCGUCUGCGAGAUCCCAGGCAGCACCGUCUCCAUCAUGAACGCGGCCCCUUUCGCCGGCAAGCUCGUUGGCAUCUGGAUGGCCGCCCCGUUGGCGCAGAGGAUCGGUCGCAAGCCAAUCUUCCUCGUCGUGGUUUGCACCUCCUGGGUCGGCGUCAUCUUGCAGAUAACAGCCACGACUGUAGCGCAGUUCACUGUUGGUCGGGUCGUCUGCUACAGCAUGACGGGCAUAUGCGCUCCUGUCAUUCCCGCCUACGUCGCAGAAGUUGCCCCUGCCGAGUUGCGCGGCAUGCUCGUUAGCCUGAUGCAUCUUCAGAUCGUCCUCGGCAACAUCAUCGCGUCCGUCAUCAACACGCGAACGUCCAAAAUUGACAGCAAUUCGUCAUGGUUGAUUCCAAUUGGUCUUCAAUUUGUCAUGCCCAGCGUCAUGGCAGCUGGCUACCCGCUCCUCGUCGAGUCUCCUCGAUGGCUCGUCUCCGAGAACCGCACCGACUGCGCAAUCGCCGCGCUUCGCCGCCUGCGUGGUUCCACGGUCUCAGAGUCAGACAUCGCCAGCGAAGCCGACCUCCUCGUGACGGCCAACACGAACCAGUCCAAAGGCCGCUGGAGCGAGGUCUUGUCCGGCACGAACCGCCGGCGCACGCUGAUCGGCAUCCUCGCGCUCGUGGGGCAGCAGAUCACUGGCCAGGUCUUUGUGCUGCAGUACGGCGUGCUCUUCUACCAGAAGCAGGGCUACACCAACAGCUUCGAGCUCCUCGCGGGCGGCCUCGUCGUCUCCCUCGUCGUCAGCAUCUUUACCACUUUCGUGGUCGACCACUUUGGCCGCAGACCGCUGCUCAUCACGGGCGGCAUCGGCCAGGCCGUGUUCCUGCUUCUCAUCGGCGCCGUCAGCACCCCGCUCGGCGUGACCAGGACCGUCCUCAACCUCCAAGUCGCGGGCUUCUACCUCUGGGCCAUCGCGUACUGUCUCUCCUGGGCGCCCCUGUCGUAUGUCAUCCUCGCCGAGGCCUCGCCGACGCGCCUGGUCGAGAAGACGAACCUGAUCGCCACCUCGGUCAACGUCGUGGUCGCGUUCGCCGUGUCCCUGUCUGCCCCGUACCUGCUCUACGAGGAGUACGCCAACCUGGGCGGCAAGGUCGGGUACAUCUACGGCAGCUUCGCCCUCAUGCUGGCCGUGCUGGCGUUCUUCUUUGUGCCAGAGAUGAAAGGGCGGACCCUGGAGGAGAUUGAGGUCUUGUUCGCAGACCGGGUCCCGACGCGCAAGUUCAAGGGCACCCAUGUCGACGUGGCGUCGCUUAAAAUAGGUGACAGCGUGGCCGACUCGGCCAGGCAGGGUCCAGCCGUCGACCAGAAGAGGGACGAGGUUGUUGUAGAGACCAAGAAGGGCGAUGGGCAGGUCUAA